GUCAAACCUAAAGUCAAUAAUUUGACAACUUGGCUGCGUUUCAUGAAUCAUAUUUUUUUAUACAUAAACAUCAUAAAAAUAAUUAUAAAUGUUGAAGUAUAAGUCUAAUUACUAACGAUAAUAAACAGCUGCUUUACAGCAGCUAGUUGAUAGUGAUUAUUGUACAUAUAGUGUUAAAUAGUUAGCAGAAUGACUGUAGCGGAGUUUUUUAGUUGUUCCCUGCUAGCCUUUGGGGCUCCACUGGCCAUGUUCGCUAUGACGGUAGCGAACGAUCCGGUGCGCAUCAUCAUCAUGAUCGCAGCAGCGUUUGGAUGGCUGUUGUCGUUUUUGUUGUCUUCGCUGGUGUGGUACGCAGUGGUACCUCUCAGAUCUUACCUAGCGUUUGGGAUGGUGUUUGCUAUAAUACUACAGGAAUUAUUCCGCUACUUCAUGUACCUGCUGCUCAGGAAGACGGAGGCAGGAUUAAAGGAAAUAUCUGAGAACCACGAGAUUGGCAGCAACAAGCUGGAGAUGGCUUAUGUGUCUGGUCUGGGCUUUGGUACAAUGAGUGGUGCCUUUGCCCUUGUCAAUGUGUUGGCUGACU